AGCCUUCCAAGGAUGAGACUAGUGCCCUGCUCUGAGCUGCACACAACCUCCCUCCUCUGUUGCAGGACACCCCCAGACGGGCAGCAGCCAAGCCUCCAUCAUGAAUGAUAUCUACAAGGCAGCGGUUGAGCAGCUGACAGACGAACAGAAAAAUGAAUUUCGGGCUGCGUUUGACAUCUUUGUGCAAGAUGCAGAGGACGGCUGCAUCAGCACCAAGGAGCUGGGCAAGGUGAUGAGGAUGCUGGGCCAGAACCCAACCCCAGAGGAGCUCCAGGAGAUGAUAGACGAAGUGGAUGAAGAUGGAAGCGGCACGGUGGACUUCGACGAAUUCCUGGUAAUGAUGGUGAGGUGCAUGAAAGACGACAGCAAGGGGAAGACUGAAGAAGAACUGGCAGAGCUGUUCCGCAUGUUCGACAAGAAUGCGGAUGGCUACAUCGACCUGGAGGAGCUGAAGGUGAUGCUGGAGUCCACAGGAGAAGCAAUUACCGAGGAUGACAUUGAGGAGCUCAUGAAGGAUGGCGACAAGAAUAACGAUGGCAAAAUUGACUAUGACGAGUUCUUGGAGUUUAUGAAAGGAGUGGAGUAAUCCCGAACAAGGAGAGACGGAUGUCCCUGAACCCAGAGCGUUAUUUUUGUAUUUCAUUUUGUCUCCGCCGCCACCUAUGGAGAACUGGACUGACGAAACUUUGGAACGACUUUGCAAGAUUUUAGUUCAAAUACUCUUUCUGAAUGUUUAUGUAUUUUUCUACCAUCUCUUGCAAUGUUGUAAAUACAGUUUGUAACUAAUUAUGGA